GAGAACGAAUGGAUACAAAUUCCACAUAGCUUACUAAUACCAGAGUCAGACAACCCAAUCUCUGAGCUCGCAAACAGUGUAUAUCAUGACCUACCAACAUCAUUUGGAUCAAUUGCUUACAUCAAGGAGAGAGCAAUUGUGACUCCAACCAAUCAAAUGGUAUUUGAAAUUAAAUCAUAUUUACUCAAUGAAAUUCCAGGUGAACAAAGAACUUAUUUCAGCUCGGACACCUUAGCAUCAGACAACCCCAACACAUCAAUCCUUCAAGAACAGUACCCACCUGAGUUUUUGAACAGUUUGUCAUUCAAUGGAGCACCAGAUCAUGAAAUAAUGUUGAAGCCAUUCACCCCAGUAAUGUUACUUCGCAAUCUCAGCCCAUCAAAUGGAUUAUGCAAUGGUACACGAAUAUUGGUUACAAAACUAGGCGAGAACGUAAUAUGCGGUCUGAUUAUCGAGGGAACACCAGUAGCGAUACCAAGAAUAGUACUUGAAAUCACCGAUCGUCGAUGGCCUUUCACACUCAGACGCCGACAUUUUCCAAUACGUUUGUGCUACGCAAUGACAAUAAAUAAAAGUAAGGGACAAACACUUGAACAGAUAGGCGUGCUACUAACCAGGCCAGUGUUCAGCCAUGGAUAA